AUGGAUCCACGACCGUCCAAGCCUCUCGACAUCGGCCCCAGUCCACGCCGUCCGCCGUCGCCCGCCCUUCCAGUACCAUUCCCCAGCUCUCCCAGCCUGCGUGUCCUCCGCGCUCAGUAUGCAGGCACCCCGCCCCCUCCCAACAUCCCUCCCAGGCGCAGCACCCCAAUCGGCACCCCCAACACCUUCGGAAGCUCUCCGCUGCAGAUAGCACUCGCCAGUGAGCCCUCCUCGAGCGUGGGCGGUAUCAGCGCCCGUCGCCCGCUCUCCGACACUCCCACCAGUGCAAACGGAACUGGUAUCGACCUCAGCGCACUCGACGAACUCACAGACGAGGACAAGGCCCGCAUCCUUCGCAGGCAUCUCGUCUCCUGGGAAGAGCGUGCCCAGGCCUCUCCCCCCGCUUCCAUCAGCGCUGGCUCCGACACGCCCGGCAGGCUCUCCAAGCGCUCCUCCGUCUCCCAGAUCCGUAUGCGGGGAGACGACACCGAGCCCUUCCCCGUUCCGUACCACGCCCCCGGCGCCGACGUAACCCACAGCAUAUACAAGUGGCAUGCAAACAAGCGCCGCCAAGCCGCCCGCCCCCGCGCCGCGUCCUUUGCAGGCUCCACCGCAUCCCCCCCACAUCCAGCGUUCGCCCACAUCCACGAGCCGGGCGGCUUCCGCAGGAACUACCUGCUCACCCACGGUCACGACCCAGGGGAGCACUCCGCCAUCCCGCGCAACUUUAUCGAGUUCCUCUACCUCUUCGGCCACUUUGCCGGAGAGGACCUCGAAGAGAUCGAGGAGGGCGAAGAGGACGAGGAGCAGGAGGACGAGGACGAGGACGAGGAAGCGCGGCUGGAGACGCCCGUCUCUCUCGGCGCCACCUGCCUCGAGCCUCAUGACGCGCUUCUGCCAGCGCCGUCGGUGCGGAUCGGCAUUCCCCCGGACGACGAGCGACAGAAGGCGGGCGAGCGGUCACCGCUGCUGCCGCGCUCGGCGCACUCGCGCUCGUUAUCCAAGUCGCGGAGACGGCGUGGGAGCAUCGGGCCCCAUGGCGAUGCCACGGUCACGCAGGCCGUGCUCAUGCUCCUCAAGUCUUUCGUUGGGACCGGUAUCUUGUUCCUGGGCAAGGCCUUUUUCAAUGGUGGCAUCCUGUUCUCGAGUGGCGUCCUGAUCUUCAUCGCGCUCAUCUCUCUGUACUCGUUCCUGCUCCUCGUCAAGACCAAGUUCGUCAUCUCUGGGAGCUUCGGCGACAUGGGGGGGACGCUGUACGGCCCGUGGAUGCGGUACGCGAUCCUGGGCUCGAUCGUCGUCUCCCAGCUCGGUUUCGUCUCCGCGUACAUCAUCUUCGUCUCGGAGAACUUCCAGGCGUUCGUGCUGGCGAUCACGCACUGCGCGCAGGAGCUGGGGAUCGAGUACUUCAUCGUGGUGCAGCUGGUGGUGUUCGUGCCGCUGGUGCUGGUGCGGAACCUGGCGCGGCUGAGCACGACGGCGCUUGUCGCGGACGUGUUCAUCCUCGCCGGGCUGGUGUACAUCUUCGGCUCGGAGGCGCGCAUCGUCGCGCAGCGCGGCCCCGCGCAGGUCGCGCUGUUCAACCCCAAGGACUGGCCGCUGCUCAUCGGGACUGCGGUGUUCUCGUUCGAGGGCAUCGGGCUGGUCAUCCCGAUCACGGACGCCAUGCGCGAGCCGCGCAAGUUCCCGGCGGUGCUUACCGGCGUGAUGCUCUUCCUCAUGGUGAUGUUCUGCGGCGCGGGCGUGAUGUCGUACCUCACCUUCGGCGCCGACGUGCAGACGGUGGUGAUCGUGAACCUCGACGCGUCGAGCAAGCUCACACAAGCGGUGCAGUUCCUGUACUCGCUCGCGAUCAUGCUCUCCGUCCCGCUGCAGCUCUUCCCCGCGGUGCGCAUCAUGGAGAACGGGCUCUUCCGGCACAGCGGCAAGGCGGACGCGCGCGUCAAGUGGGCCAAGAACGCGUUCCGCGCGGCGGUCGUCGCGCUCUGCGCCGCGCUCAGCUACGCCGGCGCGUCCGACCUCGACAAGUUCGUCUCGUUCGUCGGGAGCUUCGCCUGCGUGCCGCUGUGCUAUGUGUACCCCGCGAUGCUGCAUUACAGGGCGUGUGCGCGCACGCGCGCGCAGAAGGCGGCGGACGUUGCGCUUAUGGUCUUCGGCACCGCCGCCGCGGCGUACACCACCGUGCAGACUGUCAAGUUGAUGCUCGAGCCGCAGCCGGAUGCGCCGCCCGUGUUGUGCGCGGGCACGCCGGGCGGCGCGCUCUGA